AGGUGGCCAGCAUCCAUGACUGGCCGCAUCCUCAAUCUGUGACUGAGAUGAGGCCUUUCUUAGGGAUGACAGGCUACUAUCACAAUUUUGUGACGAACUAUAGCAAGUGGCCACCCCUUUGACUGACUUGCCUUGACACCCCAUGGGAGAGGACAGACAGGUGCGAGGCUGUUUUCAGACAUUUGAAGCAUGCGUUGAUGCAUCAUGAGGUCUUGAAACUUCCUGAUCCUGACAAGCCGUUCAUAGUAACCACGGAUGCCAGCCAAUAUGGCAUUGGCGCCGUACUUGCGCAGCAGAAGGGGCCAAAGUUGAGGCCAGUCGAGUACUUGUCCAAAAAGAUGUUGUCUAAGAAGUUGGCUAAGUCCACUUAUGAGAAAAAGCUCUACGCGAUUUAUAAGGCACUGACCCAUUGGAGACAUUACCUCCUUGGGAGGUUCUUCAUCGUCGGGACGGAUCAUCAGACCUUGAAGUGGAUGAGAACCCAGCUAGUACCUUCUGAUGCCUUGAAGCGCUGGAUCGAAGUCAUUGAACGGUUGAGGACGAUUUUACUCGCUGAAGCCUAUCGCGAGGAUCCGUUUAUGUCUGAGAUCAUUCGCAGACUCGAGGCGAAGGACAAAGUGACUUCUGUCGAGUUUGAGUUGGUCAACGGCUUGCUGUUCCUGGAGAAGGUCGGGAAUAAACGUUUGUGUGUGCCUAAUCCGGAGUCUUUGCGUAGUUUAUUUUUAGUACAGUGUCAUGAUGCCAUAGGACAUUUUGGAUACAAGAAGACUGCAGCCAAUCUGCUGCAGCAGUUCUGGCGGCCCACGAUGAUGAGAGAUGCCAAGCUAUAUGUGGAGACUUGUCAGGUCUGUCAGAGAGACAAGCCACGUACACAGGCCCCUCUUGGGCUUCUCAAGCCCCUCCCGAUUCCGGAAAAGCCUGGUGAGAGCUUGUCAAUGGACUUCAUGGACACGCUGGUCACCAGCAAGAGUGGAAUGAGACACAUCUUCGUUAUCGUGGAUAGGUUUAACGGAAAAAUCGAAACGGUAGAGAACGGAUUGAUGGUAAUGCAAGCCCAAGUGACGCAAACCCAAGCAUCUCGACCCCCCCUCCCACCACAAGAGGCGGUGGUUCCCGCAAGAAUAACUAACCGGGGGUUCAAUAGGAGAGAUCCGACAAAUGAGCAAUGUAAGUAUUGUACGAUGGUCGGACACUUUGUGCGAGCGUGUCCAAGACUUAACUAUGAUAUCAUGCACAAGAGGUGCUCUAGGACGUUACGAGGAGAGAUCAUAGGCCCCCGAGGAGAGAAAGUGAAUUGGAACUCCCCGGGUGGGAUGCGUCGGGCCGUAAUCGCACUUAACAACCUCAACGUCUCCACGGUGGAGGCCGAGCCCGUGGCGGAGCUCGCCUGGGAACAGGCACGAGGACGUGGGCCGCAGGCCAAUUUUAUUUUAGCGAAUGACUGGCGAGAUAGAGCGAACGUGACCACAAGGCAACGAAUAGCAGAAAAGAAGGUCGUACAAGACGCCAUCAUGGAAGACGUCGGGGAUGGCCCGGGGAUGCCACAAGAAGUUGAGGCACAGGAGCAAGAAAAAGUUUAUGGGAAACCUAGAGAAGAGGCUCCGGUAGACAAAGCUGCCUCGACCAAAAAAAAAUUCCGGUAUCAGAUCCCCAUUCUAACUAUGCCCGAGAUCGAUGACACCCUUAGCAAGCUGUUGGGGACCAUGGUGUCGGUCUCUUUCCAAACCAUGUCGCAGGCAAGCUCCAGGCUCCUGAAAGGCCUUAGACAACUACUGACGAGGCGAAGAAUAGAGGUAGAAGAAGGGUCAGAACAACAGGAGGAAGAGAAGGAAGAGGAGGCACCAGGAGAAGUCGCCAACUUCCAAAGGAUCCCCGAGGAUCUAGAUGAGCUAGAGAAGGUCUUUGCAGACAUCCGGCUAAGCCUGCCAGACCGUGAAGGUGGCGAGGUUAUGAGGGCACCACUAGGGACAAAACUUAGCUUCCACGCACUACCGCUCCCGCUCGACGCCCGGGAUAGACCCUACACGGCUAUGCAUACCCCGGUAGGUCAAUUACAAAUGCAAGUGACUCCUAUCGGUUUCACCAAUGCUGUGGCGAAAGCACAAAGAAGGAUGCUCGCAGUCGCAGGAGAUAUGUUCCCCGCAAAAUGCGAACCGUACAUUAACGACAAUCCAAUCGAAGGCGCACGAGACAAGGAUGAAACGGAAAUUCAACCAGGGAUACGGAGGUUUGUGGGGGACCACCUGCAGGAUAUCAAAGAGCUUCUUCGCAGGUUCUUGGAAUACAACAUCACUUCCAACGGCCCCAAAAGCAUCCUGGCAAUGCUGGAAGUAACCAUCCUAGGAUUCCGCUGCGGGUCAUAUGGGAGGAAGCCCGAUCUGGCCAAGACGGAUAAAAUCUCUCAAUGGCCAACACCCCUGCGAACCACAACGGAGGAAGAACUGAUGGCGAUGGUUGUAGAAGGAGGGCGAGAAGCGGUUAUGAGUUUGGUUGAGUCAUGGGAACAGAAGCAGCAACAGUACUUAGUAAACCAAGUGCAGAAUGAACAGGAGGAUCGUCGGGAUCAGAAGGAAUUCUUCCUUAUUCGAUCGUACGAUAGCAUCUUCAAGGAGAUCGGUUUAUUACUUGUGGGAAACAAGGAGGCUCAAAAGUCUGCUACCACUAGUGCUUGCACUAGUGGUGCUAAUAUUUUUUGCCGGCAAGAUCUCGAUCUUGACGGAAGUGAGGCCAACAUCAACAUGCACAACUUCCCCUCGUUUAGCAAGAAGGCCCUAGACGUGGAAGCAAAGAUAGGGCACGAUCAGACACCCACGACGGAUGGUAGGAAAAAGUCACUGCCUUGCAACUGGAAAGCGAAGGGACGCAUCAUGUUUGUCGACAACGAUGGUUCCACCAUCGAGUUGGAGGACGACUUCCAGGCGGGAGUGGGUUCAAAGGCUGGCAGCGUAGAAGCUUCAGGGGGUGGAGUAGUCGCUGCCGUAACUCAAAAAGGCGAGCCGGUGAAAAUGUCGCCGGAGAUAGAGGGAGUAGUUGCUAAAUACCCUGAUUUAUUUGAAGAGCCGAAAGGGGUUGUUGAGAGGGAGGCCGUCCACGCGAUAGAGAUUAUCCCAGGAUCUAGUAUUCCAAAGGGUAGGAUCUAUCAGAUGUCUCCAGGCGAGCUUGAUGAGCUUCGAUGGCAGCUUAAGGAACUCGUAGAGAAGGGUUGGAUCCGGUCGAGUGUCUCCCCUUACGGAUCUCUAGUCUUGUUUGUACCGAAGAAGGGGGGGACCUUGAGGAUGUCCAUUGACUAUAGGGGCCUCAAUGCCAUCACUGUUAAGAACCAAGAGCCCCUACCACACAUCGAUGACUUGCUAGAUAGAGUGCAAGGGUGUCGGUACUUCAGUAAAAUAGAUCUGAAGUCUGGGUACCAUCAAAUUGCAAUACGGCCCAAGGAUCAACACAAAACCGCAUUUCAGACCAGGUACGGUCUGUACAAGUUUGUGCUGAUGCCUUUCGGCCUGUGCAAUGCUCCUGGGACUUUUCAGCACGCCAUGAAUGAGAUCUUUCAUGACUACUUGGAUAAGUUUGUCAUCUUGUACCUCGAUGACAUACUUAUUUUUAGUAAGACUGUCGAGGAACAUGUUGCGCACUUAGACAAAGUCCUCAGUCUUCUUCGGCAGCUCAAGUUCAAGAUCAACGGGGAGAAAUGCGAGUUUGGUCGCACCCGGAUCUUGUACUUGGGUUAUGAGAUUUCCACGGAGGGUUUGAAGCCCCAUGACGCGAAGGUGCCCAGCAUCAGUGACUGGCCGCGUCCUCAGUCUGUGACUGAGAUGAGGUCUUUCUUAGGGAUGACCGACUACUAUCGCAAUUUUGUGAAGAACUAUAGCAUAGUGGCCGCCCCUUUGACUGACCUGAUUCGCCUUGACACCCCAUGGGAGUGGACAGACAGGUGCGAGGCUGUUUUCGGACAUCUGAAGCAUGCGUUGACGCAUCAUGAGGUCUUGAAACUUCCUGAUCUUGACAAGCCGUUCAUAGUAACCACGGAUGCCAGCCAAUAUGGUAUUGGCGCCGUACUUGCGCAGCAGAAGGGGCCAAAGUUGAGGCCAGUCGAGUACAUGUCCAAAAAGAUGCCGUCUCAGAAGUUGGCUAAGUCCACUUAUGAGAAAGAGCUCUUCGCGAUUUAUAAGGCACUGACCCAUUGGAGACAUUACCUCCUUGGGAGGUUCUUCAUCGUCAGGAUUGAUCAUGAGACCUUGAAGUGGAUAAGAACCCAGCCAGUACUCUCUGAUGCCUUGAAGCGCUGGAUCGAAGUCAUUAAACAGUAUGACUUCGAAACCCAAUAUGUGAAGGGGGAGUACAAUAAAGUUGUUGAUGCCUUAUCACGUAGGCCUGAUUUCUCUGGUGCGCUGAUUACUGAGGUCGGGGUUGCGGACGAUGUAACUCGCUCUUUGGUGGAUGCCUAUCGCGAGGAUCUGUUUAUGUCUGAGAUCAUUCGCAGACUCGAGGCGAAGGACAGAGUGACUUCUGUCGAGUUUGAGUUGGUCAACGGCUUGCUGUUCCUUAAGAAGGCCGGGAAUAGACGUUUGUGUGUAACUAAUCGGGAGUCUUUGCGUAGUUUAUUUUUAGUAGAGUGUCAUGAUGCCACAAAACAUUUUGGAUAUAAGAAGACUGCAGCCAAUCUGCUGCAGCAGUUCUGGUGGCCCACGAUGAUGAGAGAUGCCAAGCUGUACGUGGAGACUUGUCAGUUCUGCUAUUGGUUCGAGGUCACGAUUAUCUGGUCUCAUGUGUAUGAUGCUGUUUGAUUUCUGAAGUUCGCUAUUGCUCAUCUUCCUUGCACAAUGAUAGUUAAUGUAAACAUAAUCAAGAAAACCGUCUGAAAACGAUAAAAUGGAUUUACUGUG